CUGUUAUCUGUGGUAAGUUAGUGUUUUGAGCUUAGAACGCGUAUUGCAUAGUUUUGGCGAUUUUUGCUUAAAAAUUCCUUCUUUCUGCAUAAACUAGCCUUCAGGAUCGUGUAAAACUAGCAUAUAAUAUUUAACUAUGAACGCACCACCGACAUUCGAAUCCUUCCUUUUAUACGAAGGAGAACAAAAAGUUCAAAAAGAAGAGGAUACGAAAGUCACAAAUGCCGCAAUAUUUACUGUCAACAAAGAGGACCAUACUCUUGGAAACAUGAUUAGACAUCAACUGUUGAAAGAUCCGAAGGUUCUGUUUGCGGGCUACAAGGUGCCACAUCCUCUGGAGCACAAAUUUGUGCUGCGCAUCCAGACCACCUCCGAUUACACGCCACAAGAGGCCUUCAUGAACGCUAUCACUGACCUAACAUCAGAAUUGUCCUUGUUUGAAGAAAGAUUUAAAGAAGCCAUCAAGGAGAAGAAGGACGGAUUAGAUUAAAUGUAGGAAUUAAAAUUAAUAAUAUCGUAAGUUUAAAAUAUUUUUCAUGAAUUAAGAAAUAUUUGUAUUCUCAUUUUAAAGAUGAAUAAAUAAAGACAUUCAUUAA